CUCUCUUCCCACUUCCACUCAUCCGCAAACGUCCUCUCUUUCUCUCUUGUACGCCAGCAUGGACGGAUGGAACAAACUCUCGUCGGGCCUCGCAGGCCUCAACAUCGGCCAGUCCGCCAACAAGUUCGCCAAGGGCUUCCAAUCCAGUGUGCAGGCCACCAGGGAGCGCCUCGGCCAGGUCGCCCCGGACGAGAUAACUGAGCUUCCGCAGGAGUACAAGGACCUCGAGGCCCGCGUCGACGCCCUCCGUGCCGCCCACCUCGCGCUCUUGAAAGUCACGAAGGUGUACGAGUCCGAGACGUACGACUACCCAACGCAGAUCCAGGAGUCGCUCACCGAGCUCGGCACGACCAUCGGGCACGGCAUCACCAACUUCGCCGCCGCGAACCUGAAGGGCACGGCGCUGCCCGCGCCCGAGCCCGCCCAGCCGAACGCCCCGCAGCACAAGACGCUCCCGCACGCGUUCGGGCGCGCGGCGACGAACGCGGCGACGGCCGUGCAGACCGUGUCGGGCGCCGGAGACGACAAGCUGGGCAAGGGCCUGCAGGUGUACGCGGGCGCGUGGGAGAAGAUCGCGGACGCGCGCGUCGAGCAGGACGCUACCGUCCGCGAGCGCUUCCUCCAGCCGUGGCAGACGACGCUCUCGACGAGCAUCAACGUCGCGAUGAAGGCGCGCCAGGCGGUUCGUGUGAGCCGGCUUGAGCUCGAUGCGGCGAAGCAGACCUUGAAGACUGCGGGCCCCGCUAAGCAGGAGGCGGCUCGGCUCGAGGUUGAGAACGCGGAGGACGACCUCGUGCAGAAGACCGAGGUUGCGAUCACCCUCAUGAAGACCGUCCUUGACAACCCUGAACCUCUGAAGGACCUGAACGAGCUUGCAAAGGCGCAGCUCAUGUUCUACGCGACCGCGGCCGAGGCGCUCUCGAGCGUCCAAGGCGAGAUCGAGGAGCUGAGCGUCGCAGCAGAGGGCGAGUACAGGAAGACCCGCGACCACUGAGUGAUUGCCUGUGUAUACUUGGAGCAGCUUAUAAUGGACCCUUCUCGCUGUACUGCUUCGUUCCCGCUCCCGCCCGGCUAUACCGCCCGACUGAUAACGAUGACACGCCGUCUACACGAACUCACCUAUGUAUUCCACCUUAUAGUUCUGGAUCCUCGAUGCGAUGAAUUUUUGCACCUCC